CAGUGCCAGUCAGUGCCGCCUAUCAGUGCCUGUCAGUGCCGCCUAACAGUGCCAGUCAGCAGAGCCACUGCAGUGAUCUUUCAGUGCCACCUAACAUUGCCAGCCAGUGUCGCCUAUCAGUGCCAGUCAGUGCCGCAUAUGAGUGCUGCCUUUCAAUGCCCAUCAGUGAUGCCUGUCAAUGCCCAUCAGUGCCACCUACCAGUGCCUCCUCAUCAGUGCCACCUAACAUUGCCAGUCAGU